AUGCUCCCUCAACCCGACGCAGAAACACUAUCCCGAAACCCGCAAUUCGCACUGUUAUGGAAAGACCUAACAACCAACAAAAUGACCAGAGAAGGAGUCUCCAAGUCUCUCACUACAGACAAAGAAACCCUAAAAACCAGAGAAAUACUCAGGACCAAGAGAAUAGAAUUGGCGAAGAGAGAAGUGCUUAAAGAUGCGGUGAGGGCUGUUGCUUUUGGCGAGGGAGAAGGGGGACUGAGUGGUGAGUUGAGAGAGACGGCGCAGAUUGUUUCUGCACAGUUGGAUGGCAAGCUAGAUCCUCAAGAUAAGGAUAUUGUUCAAGUCGAGGUUGAGGAGUUCAUGGCCAACAUCGAGACCGUGAGAGCAGCGGUGGAAACACACAUGGAGCAAAAUGUUAUGCUGCUUUGUCAAAUACUAGAUCCCACACAGCAGCGGGCAGACCCUUCGACACUUCCAGCACAAGUUCAGGCUCUACAGGCAGAUGUGGAAGAAGCGAAAUGGCAACUGGGUGUCAAACGCAUUGAGCUGGCGAGCACGCUGACUCAACUUCUCAAGACGAACGCUCAACUGCUGCAAACAGCCAUUCGGAUAUUGGAGCAGGUAAUGCAUGGCAGUAUAGCACGACACAGUCGAGCGCGAGCCGAACACCUUGCGACAGUCGCACAAGGCCUUGAGAAGCGAUUGCUAGUGGCAAGAAAGACGGUGGCGGGACAAGUGUACGACGGAAGAGCAGAAGAGCAACUCAUGCGCAAGAAGGGAGAGUUGGAUGCACAGAGUGCAGGACUGCGCAGGAGACUCAGAGAUCGCGAGCAGUGGCUGGAGCGCUUGGAAGGAGUUUCAGGACUGCGGGAGGCAGUCGAGGAGAUAACACGGAUGCGGAGCGAAAUCUCUAGGGUGAAGGAGGAGGUCGGGCGAUUGGAACGAGGUGGGUAG